AUGAGAAAGCAAAUGCUACCUAUGAAAUUGCCACCUCUUUUACCACCAAAUUCACCUAGUAGUAAUUUUAACACUACUGUCACAUAUACUGCACAACAGUAUGGCUUGAUUAUCCCUCCCGGUAGUCACCCAUUUGUCAUUAACCCGACAACUCCUCCCGCACAAGCAAAUGCUGCUGGCGCAAAUGCUACGCCUAGUACGGGAAACGAAGAUCAAGAAGAACCACUUUAUGUUAAUGCUAAACAAUAUCAUCGAAUCUUGAAGCGAAGAGCAGCUCGUGCGAAACUUGAAGCUGAAAAUAAAAUUGCUCGGGGACGUAAGAAAUACCUCCAUGAAUCGCGUCAUAAACAUGCUAUGCGAAGACCACGUGGACCUGGAGGUAGAUUCUUGACUGCCGCAGAAAUUGCAGAGAUGGAACGAAAAAAGAAAGAAGAGAUGUCUGGUGGUGCAGCACCAAUGGAUCUUGAUCCGCAACAAAAAGCAACGACUAAUAUAACAAAUAUAAUGCCCUUGGUGGAGAAUGGUUUCGAAAUGGACAUUGAAACCUUAGAUCUCGAAGAACUAACUGACCAAGAGAGUUUACAUGAAGUUGUUCAAUCGGUCAGGCACUCCAAAAGAUGUAUAAUUAUAACUGGCGCCGGAAUUUCUUGUAGUGGAGGGAUACCGGUUAGUACUCUAUUUUCGCGUCGAGAUUUCCGAAAUGAUUUUCGUUCUUCAGACGGCCUAUAUAACAUGAUCCGAUCGAAAUACCCGGGAACUUUUCGCUCCGGUAAAGAUCUAUUUGAUGCAAAUCUUCUUCACAAUGAAUCUUCAAUCAAAGCUUUCCACGCCUUCAUGGGUCUCCUAAGAGAAUAUGUGGUGAGAGCAAAACCCACGCCAACACACCAUUUCAUGAAAAAAUUGUAUGAUCAAGGAAAACUACUUCGCGUGUACACACAAAAUAUUGACAACUUAGAGGAAUCUGUUGGUCUAAACGUGAAUUGGCAGGCUGAUUCUCGUGGUGCCAAAGUUAUACAGCUUCAUGGCUCUAUGGAAGAGCUUAAAUGUAAUUCAUGCAAUGAGAGCUUCGAGUUUGAAGUAUACCAUUGUGAAAUUUUCAAGCAAGGUGAAUCACCUGAAUGCCCGGCAUGUGAAGAGAGAGAAUCAGAGAGGCAAAGGCAAGGAAAACGGAAACAUACAAUAGGACGUUUGAAACCAAAUAUUCUACUAUACGGAGAUUCCCAUCCUCAAGGCGAACAAAUCGGCGAAAUAGCCGCACGGGACGAAGAAAAAUCCGACUGUUUAAUAAUAAUGGGUACGUCUCUUCGAAUUCCUGGCGUGAAACGACUCAUCAAGCAAUUCGCCAAAGGGGUACACACCCGAAAUGGAAAAGUGAUACUGGUCAAUGCUACAGAUGUAGCACGAAAAGAAUGGCAGUCGUACAUUGAUUACCAAAUUAUCGGGACAUCAGAUGAAUGGGUGCGACUUGUCGAGGAAAAUCAUCUCGAAGUGGCUGCAACCUCAUCCCAAAAUGUAAAUAAGAAUAGAGAAACCGCACAGACAUACACGGAUUUGUUUGGCGAAACAACGCCGCUAACCCAAAGCGCCUCGUCGUCGUCGGCCAAUCGUGUUCCCUCACCUUCACAAAAUCAAAAGUUUAAAGAUUUGCUAGUGUUUGAAGAACGAUUGAAACAGAAUUUUCAUAAGCUGAGUAAGCAGCAACAGAAAUAUGAAGCAAUCUUAGGAUUUAAUUGCUGUUUAAUUUUGCUUUGUAGUUACCUUGUUUUCUUCAAUAAGUUUGAGAAUGAGAAACUAUAUUUCAUGUGCAAGUUGUGUCUCUUGGCGACCAUAUCCUAUAUCGCCGUGUUUUUUUUAAGUGGACAAUACACCGAAAAAAUUUCAGUUGGACAAAAAUAUGUCCCGCAAUGUAAUCGUGCUCUACGUGCAUUCAACGUCCACUUCAAUCGAGAUAACAAAGGUGAGCUCACAUUCUAUCGUAAGGUUCCUAAAAAAUUCCAAGAAGGAUUCGAAAAGUAUCGCAAGCUGUAUGUUUUGAAGAAACGAAAAGCGAAAGAAAAGGAGAUUGAUGAAGCUAGUUGA